AUGAGUGUCGCGGAUAAUCAAGCGUACACUCUCGUCGUACAUUUGUAUACCAAAGAAGGCGAGGAAAAUAUCAACAAGGUCAAGGCGAAAUUGCAAGAGGCUAGUCAGGUGUAUUCGAAAGAUCGGGAGACGUUGUCUUGGUUUGUAAUGCAAGAUCAUCUCGAUGCGAGAAAAUUCACCAUUGUUGAGAGAUAUGUGAAUGAGAGUUCGCAAAAAUAUCAUCUCGAAAACCCCUACUGGCAAACCUUCGACCCCUACGUCAAACCCCUCCUCGCCGAAGAAAUGGAUCUUCGACGCUACAAUGAGUUGGAUCUCAGUCAGGAGGUCAAAGUUGUGCAGAAUGAGACUUUGUGGAAUGAGGUGGAGGAGUAUCAGAACCUGAAGGAUUGCUGA